UACUCGUACAGGUCGAGUAGUAGGAAAAGCUGGCGAAUCCAGUCGAAGCGAUCGAUUCGACGCUCCUCUCUAAACCUCUCCGGAAAGCAGAAAGAAGCUGUGCUCUCGCGUCGGUUCGAUCAAAAGACGAGCGAUUUCUGCGGUUCAUCUAGCUUGACCCCGGAUCACCACCACGAAUUCACGAACCUAUACUCGACGACUAGUGGCUCGUAGGUAAAGAUGAUGACCGUAAGCUCGGCUCAGACGGGACGUCCGAUGAUCAACGGAGCGGACGGGUCGUAUCGAUCAGGAAACGGGGAUGCCGGGAUGGACCUGGACGCCGAUGGCUUCCCACGACAACCUCCUCCUCAACGCUCGACGACCUCGUCAUCGACAGCUCUUUCGCCUUCUUCCCCCUCGUCUAUACCACCACGGUUAUCUUCCGCACCCGACCUCGACAACGCACCGUCAGAACCACCUCGGGCCGGUUUUUCCUUUCCGGCGUUGCACCUCGGAUCCUUCUCUUCCCUCAAGAUGGACGAUUUUGCCAAUUUUCCCAGUUCGACGUCGAAUGAUGAAGACAACAUGACCGGGAUUGUACGGACAUCGACACCGGCUGGGAAUGAUGUGGCCGUGGAUGAGGAAGGCGAAGACGGUAAGGGUCAGGACGCAGCAGGCGGGAACUCGCAACUCUUGGUCUCACCACGUAGUCCGCUCGGAGCCUCUGCGACCUCUCCGGACGGGGCGACCGCUCGACCUUCCCCCUCGCUGUAUGAUGUGACGAGGAUGGCAAGGUCUUCGAGCCCGUUCCGUCCUGUACUCGCGACAAACUCGAACGACACCGCGACUGUGCGUCCUGCCCAUCAGCUCCAGACGGAUCAAGGAGGCCUCGAUCAAGAUGGAGCAGAAGAACCCGACGCCUUCCUGAAUCUCCCACCGCGGACUCUGGCUACGUCGAAUACCACCGACUACCUGAUCGACUCUCCUGGAUUCUCGUCUGAAGAAGGAUCGCAAGCUUUCUUGCGUCAGUCGAGGAUCGCUCGACGGAGAACGAUAGUCCAAGACCCCAACGAGUCCAGAGGGAACGGAGAGGAUGGUGAUGCGUAUGCGGGUCAGGUGAGGAGUCGGCAGGGUAGUAGGGAUAUGAUGAUGGACGGGAACGAGGGCGUGCCUAGUAGGAAGGCGUCCACGGUUGGACAGCUGGAUAGCGUGCAUGAAUCGGCGGACGUGCCCGAGGUACCUGUGUCUCAAGGGUUGGCUCCUUCUAUACCGCCCGCCGCAACAAAUUCGCCGCAGCCCCGUCGACCUAGUCUCGACGCACCUAGGCACUCCUUCCCAACCUCCCUCGAGCCGAGACGACGUCGACUUCCCUCGGCGCCUUCGGCCAGGUCGAUCCCCGGUCUAGGCUCGUCAAGAGAAGAUCAGGGUCAAGAUCAGAAUGACCAAGAUGGCGAGGACAAGAGACGAGUCGCCCAAGAGGUCUUUGAUCAGGCGAACGGGAAUAUCGCGCUCGGCCAGGCGAUAACCACGGUCGAUCAAGCUGAGGGGCAUCUCGGUGGAAAGGCUGCUGUACGGGUUGCCUCGGGCUCAGAUAGACACCCACGUAGUCCACCCGUGCCAACUGGGCCGCUGCAUCCGGACAUCACGUCGACGGAUCGUCCGCUGAUGGGUCAGUCAAUGUCGACGUCCCAAGUGCCGCAAAUCAGCCACGGACCCUCGCAGAGCAUGGGCUCAAGAGGCGAAGAUGGGGACAGACAGAAGAGUUUCAAUCCGAAUUCGAGGACCCCGCCGAGAGCGUAUGCUGCGUUGCCCCCUAUCCAGACGCAAGCCAAUGCGGGCGUCAACCUGGACUCGAUGCCGUCUUUGCCCAUGUUUCCAGGUAUAAGCAAAGACGAAGGGCCUUAUCCGAGUUAUGCCAGACCUCGGAAGAGCACGGACAGGGACGACCCCUCGAUACGCCGGAUGAGUGAUGGAAAGAUCGUGGCCGGGAGAUAUAGAGCUGGGGAAGACGGUCCGCCGCUCAGGAUCAAAGUGCCUCCACCGCAGGAAGAGAUCUGUUUGGAGUGCCUAAUGAGGGAUAGGGAUCUCAUGCAUGUGGACGUUACGGGUGAAGGCGUUUGGGAACGCGCUUCCGACAUCGAUUGGCACGAGAGGCUCGAACGAGAAGACAUGUGCGUCCAGCAAUUCAGACGAGAUCCAGAGAAUCGGAGGAAAAGGGAGGAUUGCGAGGGCGAAGCGCGAGCGAGGUUGGAGAGCAUGUUGUUGCGCGAGGAGGACAAUCUGGUUGACCGAGAAGUAGGAUGGCGAGGCUUUUCUUGGGAAGAGGGGGAGAACGGGACUGGCCUACCAAGGCAUUUCAGAGGGAAUGUGGAAGGCGAGUUGCUCGAGGAGCGGCUCAGAGAGUUGGCAACCAAGAUGAACGCUCCCGCAGCACAUCGCUUCAAGACUUUGCAAGUCUAUCUUCGCGAUCAGGCAGCCUCUGUCGGCCUUGUACACCCAAUGGCUCGUCGAGCAGAGAUGGACGCGGCAAUGUCUCGACAGAGCAUGGUCUCGCCCCCGGCUCAGCUUGCACCGGCCAUGCGUUCUCAGGAUCCGGCCAUGUUGCCGCCUCACCUUCGCCCUUCCCAGAGUCACGGUAUGCUGCAAGAGCCCGUGGACUACCAGCGCGGAGGUCCGACUCGCAGGCUUCCCCAACAUAGUCAUCAUCUUGACCCUGUGCAAAGAGCUACCAUGUACGCGAAGCCGAUGGAGGAGCCUGCCUUCCCCUCUGGGCAAAACUCGGCGUACACUCGCAGCAAGACCAUCCCGGCGAUAGCGCUAGAGGGUCCUCUGCCGUCCAACCGGGACGCGACCCAUUCAAGAGCCCCGCCCUUACAGCUCGACCUUCGCAAGGGCAAGGGGAUAUCUUCUCCUGGAUUGUUGGAAGGCAUGUCGCCCGAUCCCAACGCAUAUGACGAUGCGAUCAACGAUCGAUCCAGCGGCAGAUAUGACUCGGGUGAUCAAGCGUCGAUCUCUGACUCACCGAUCAGACCAUUCUCCUUUGCGGUUUGGGCCGGAAAUGGCGGGCAACAUUCGGCCAGAAGCAGUCCCGGCCCUGGUCGUGACCGGCGAAAUAGCAGUGCACUCGGGCGGUGGGGAGGCAGCGUUACCAGCUUCUUCAGCGGCAGUCAAGGAGGUGCUAGCGGUAGCAUGAUGGACAUGCACCUUGGCCUUGACCAGGAUCGUCGUCGCGGGUUGAGGGCUUUAUCUCCUCUGCCUCAACCGAGAUCGGUUUCGAUGGCGUCGCCUCCGAGGCCCAACUUUUUCUCCAGAGCUUCGGCAUCGUUCCAAACUCACGCACCGUCCCUACGACAGGGACAACAGGGCAACCUUUCGACCUCGGAUUCGGGCUCCUUUGCCGACGAGCCUCGCGCACAGGAGCCCGUUGUUGCUGAAAAGAAGAAGAAGAAGGGAUUCAAAGGUUUCUUGCAGAAAUUGGGUGGAGGCAACAAGAAGCGCUCCUCGGAUAGCUCCGAGCGAGACCGUGCUGGCAGAGCUGAAGACGAUUACUCGACACCACUCCCUCCUCCGCCCUCCCUUUCGAUUUUGAUGGAGCGAUCCGAUCGAAGCUCGAAACACACUCGCUCGCCUUCCAACAGUAGCCUAUCCGGAUCGAUGGCGCAGACACCAGGCAAUCAAAUCGCCAGCGGCCGGCCUUCUUACUCGAAUGACCAAUCGCAGCAGAGAUCCGUUUCAGCCCCGAUGGUCAAGUCGCCCUCGAAAAGCAGUCUCCCGAACACGAGUCCGACCAGUUCGCGAUAUCCCUAUGGCCGAGACAACUAUGGGAAUGGAAACGCUUCGGGCUAUCAGAGGGAUAGCUAUGCAUCCAGUUCUACGGGCAGGCGAAGAAGCAGUAUACCUGGUCUCUUCAAUGGCGCAGGACCAGAGAGCGUCGAUGAUCGGCGCAUGGAUGCGACAGUCGAGGUCUUGGAAGGGGAGGAUGGACGAGAGUAUCGUUCGAACGGCUGGAAUGAAGACGCGACUCAGUAUCCUCCUGCCCGCUUCUCGCAAGACCGCGGAGGCCCAGGAUCGAUGACCAAUUCAAGCGGGACGCUGUUGGCCCCGUCAAUCGAGACCCCGAUGAUGGGAUCUGUCCCCGCCAUACAAACCGGGCGAUCUCCCUACAGCAGGUCCGCCAGCGACAAUCAGAAGACCCUCCCGCCACUCCCCGCUCAGCAGGGUGAUUAUAGCUUGCAACAAGAUUAUCCUUCGCCUAUGAGGUCUCCCGAUUCAUUCAACGCAUUCUUUGGCCAGGGGACUACCAUGUCUCCCAACAUGAACCAGCCUCCUGCGCCUUACAAUGCGCAUGGACGUACGCCCUCGAGCGGCCAGCGAUCUUUUGCUUCGGGCGUGUCCUUCAAAGACGAGCCGCAACGUGCGCACAAAACCAAGAGUAAAUUUGGACUUCGGGGUCUCUUUUCCGGAGGCAAUAAGCAAGGUUCCCCGGCGGACGCUCUGCAAUACGGUCAACAAUACGGCUCUCAAGCUUCCGGAACGAGCGACUUUGACGACUUGGCUCGAGCAAAAUCUGCUGGGCCGCAGUGGACCGCACCGACAGGUGGGCCAGUCGGAUCACCCAUCUUGCAAAAUGGAGGACGACCUAUGCGCCAGCCUCAUGACGAGCGCGCCAGGCGCACGUAUUACCAGUAACGAGCGAUCUUUUCAUGACCGUGACGAUACCACUCGCAAAUGUACUGGAAUUUAUGACUUGUCGACAUAU